CUCCUCCUCCUCCUCCUCCUCCUCCUCCUCCUCCUCCUCCUCCCCCCCUUCCUCCUCCUCCCCCUUCUCUUCCUGCUUUCGGGUCCUUUGCCUUCCAAGAUUUAAACGCUAAUGGCGGAUUAAAAGGCCCCGACGCCUUCGGCUUUAGAAGUGGGGUUGCAGGUGUGGUGGUUGACCAUCUGACAUCGCCAGUAUGACUCUUCAUGCGACCAGGGCAGCUGCACUCCUUUCUUGGGUGAACAGCCUCCAGGUUGCUGAACCAGUGACAUCAGUGCUAGAACUCCAAGACUGCAACAUCUUCAUCCAGAUCAUCAGUCGCAUCCAAGGCACUGAAGAGGGGCGGCAGAUCCUUCAGCAGUCUCUGCUGGACAGAUUCAACUUCGUCUCCGACUUUCUGCAGAAGAACCGCAAGCAUCAAUCCUCCUCAGAGAUCCUAGUGUCUGUGCAGAAACUAGAAGAUGGGGAGGAGUUGGAGUUGGCCAAGGUGAUCAUGUUACUCUUAUACCAUUCCACCAUGAGUUCCAAAAGUCUGAGGGACUGGAACCAAUUUGACUACAAAAUCCAGGCGGAGUUGGCUGCCAUCCUUAAGUUUGUGCUGGAUCAUGAAGAUGGACUGAGUCUGAAUGACAACUUAAAGAGUUUUCUACAGAAAGCUCCUGUCCCUUCCAGUAGUCCCAGCACCAGCUCUGAUGAGCUUUCCCCAGUGCCUCCUCAACAAGCCAAGAAAGAAGUUCGAUUCUUGGAACUGCAGAAGAUUGGCUCCUCAUCAGGACUAAACAACUUCUUGUCAGGGUCUCCUGCUUCUCCAAUGGGUGAUAUCCUUCAGACCCCCCAAUUCCAAAUGAGACGGUUGAAGAAACAGCUGGCAGAUGAACGGGCCAGCCGUGAUGACUUGGAGCUGGAGUUAGCUAAAAGCUGCCAGCUCCUGGCUGAGAAGGACACACAGAUCUCCAUGAUGCAGCAGCGUAUUGAUCGCUUGGCUCUCCUAAAUGAGAAGCAGGCCACGGGAUCCAUGGAGAAUAAAGAGCUGGAAGAAUUACGUGGCAAGAAUGAGAGUCUGAGCAUACGGUUACAUGAAACCUUGAAACAGUGCCAGGACUUGAAGACUGAGAAGGGACAGAUGGAACGCAAGAUUGACCAGCUGUCUGAGGAGAAUGGGGACCUUUCUUUCAAGCUGCGGGAUUUUGCCAGCCAUCUGCUACAGCUACAGGAAGCCCUCAAUGAUCGGACAGAGGAACACAACAGCUCCACAAAGGAAUGGAGGGAGAAACAGACUCACCUGGAGAUAGAACUCAGCACCACCCUGCAAGACAAGAAAUGCCUAGAAGAGAAGAAUGAAAUCCUCCAGGGAAAAAUCUCCCAGUUGGAAGAGCAGCUGGCACAGGUUGGGAAGAAUCCAUCCCAAGAGAAGGGAGAGGUGUUGGGCGACAUCUUGCAGCUGGAAGCCCUGAAACAAGAGGUAGCUAACUUUGCUGCAAAGGAUGCUGAGCUUCAAGGCACAGUAAAGCAACUGGAGAGUGAGAAGACUCAGUGGGAGGCAGAGCUGCAAGCUGAGCGGGGCCGCUUCAAGGAGGAGAAGCAGCGACUGGAGCAGAAGGCUCAGGCCCAGGAAGCCCAGCUGACUGCCCAAGUGGCCACCCUCCAUGCAACCCUGGAGCAGCAGGCCCGUGAUCUGGCUGAGCUGAAGCAGCAGGCUGAAAAGGAGCAGGUGCGACUGACUGAGACCCUUCAGCGGCAAGAACUGGUUUCCCAAGGCCUGCAGCACCAGGUGUCUCAGCUGAGCUGCAAACUGAAGCAGGAGGAGGGGAAGCUGCAGGAAGUGCUCCGGGACUGGGAGGUGACCAGCCAGGCCAAGGACCGGCAGCUAGCAGCAGCCACAGAGGAAUGUGGGGAGGCCCAGCGGCAAAGGGACGCAGCCCGGAGACAGCUGGAGGAGCUGGGAAAAGAGAAAGCCGUUGAGCUGGGGGCUCUGCAGCGGCAGCUCCAAGCUGCCAAGGAAGCCUGUACCAGUGCCCAGACCUGUGCCACAGAGGCUGAGCAGGAGAAGACUGCGAUGAGGCAGAAGGUGGAGGAGCUCAGUGCUCGUGUAGCUGACCUGACAAGCUGGCAGGAAGAGCACAAAAUGGAGGUGAAAUCAGCAGAAAACCUUCAAACCCAGAUCCAGGAACUGGAGAGUCAACUAAGGGCCGAGCAGCAGAAAGUGGCGGAGAGAGAAAAGCUGGCUCAGGAGAACGCUCAGCUCCAGGAACGCCUUCUUUCCCUGGAGGAGUCUGUGCAGAACACAAAGGGCAUUCUCGAGGAUGAGAAGCGGCGGGCUGCAGAGGCCCUGGAGGGGCAGCUCCAGCGUGUGGCAGAGCUGGAGACAGAGACCCAGAGCCUGGCACAGCAGCGAGAACAGGAUCGGCUGCAGCUGGAGGAGGCCAAGGCUGGGCGGCAGGGUCUGGAGGCUCAGCUCCAGAAGCUCGGGGAGGGGCACCAGGCUAAAGUAGAGGCCCUGCAGCAGGAGCUGGAAAAGGUGGCAGCUACCAGGCAAGAGGCCGAGGGAGAAUGCAAGCAGCUGGCUGCGGAGGUGGCCUCCUGGCGCACUCGUUUUGAGGAGAGCCAGAAGGAGGAGGCACAGCGUGUCGCCCAGCACAAGGAGCAGCUCAAGGCUCUAAAGGAAGAGCAUGAGGGGGUGCAGCGGAAGCUGCAGGCUGCCCAGGAGAGAGUGUCAGAGCUGGAGGCACUCAACCAGCGCCAGGAUACCAAACAAAAAGAAGAACACGCCCGGCUCAAGGCUGACCUGUCGGGUGCCCUCCAGCAGCUACAGGAGAAGGAGGAGCAGGCCAGCAGUCUGGCUGAUGGCCUGUCCAGGCUGCAGGAGGAAGUGGCCCAGCUCAAGGCUGUGGCCAGGAAGGCAGAAGAGGAGAAGGAAGCCUCUGUACAGAGGCUGGCUGAAGAGCAACGGCGGAUGGGAGAGUUCCAGGCUGCCACACGGCAGCGGGAGGAGCAGCAGGGACAGGAGCUGAGCAGGACUGGAGCGGCCCUGCGAGCCAAGGAACAGGAAGCAGAGCAGCUGGUGAGGGAGCUGGAGCAAGCACGUUCUGCUCUGGCCCAGAGCCGGGGCUGCCAGGAGGAAGAGCGUGCCCAGCAGGAGCAGGAGGUGGCACGCGUGAGGGAGGAGCGAGAUCAGGCCAAGGCAGACCUGGCAGCUGAGAAAGCAGCCAAGGCAGAGCUGGAGAGGAGGCUGCAGAGCUCCCUCAGUGAGCAGCGUGUGGAAUUUGCUGCCGUGCAGGAAGCCUUGGCCCAGGCCCUGGAAGGAGCAGAAGGGAAGGAACGGCAGCUUGGAGAACUCCAAAAGCAAGAGGCCGCCCUGCAGGCAGAACGGGCUGAGCUGCAGAAGACCAUCGAGGAGAUGAGAGUUCGUCUGGCCAAGGUAGAUGAGAUGGUUUCCCAGGCAGGCACACCCGCAGCCACCGACUCUGGCCCCCAGGAGCUGGAGGCUCUGCGGACUCAGCUGAGCAAGCUGGAGCAGCAGUGUCGGGAGCAAAAGGAGAACAUCUCUGAGCUGAAGCGCAGCCUUGAGGCCUCUCGGAUGUCCCAGGCCAGUCAGGAAGGCACCACCAGCACCCUUCAGGCUCAGCUGGAGGAAAGUGCCCAAGAGCUGGCCACCCUCCGAGCUGCCGCCCGGGAGCGGAGCAAGGCUGAAGAGGAGUGGAAGGCCCAAGUGGCCCACACCAAGCAGGAGGCAGAGAGGAAUAAUAGCCUUAUUGGCAGCCUUGAGCAGGAGGUAUCCAUUCUGAACCUACAGGUCUUGGAAAAAGAAGGAGAGAGCAAAGAGCUGAAAAGGCUGGUGCUGGCAGAGUCAGAGAAGAGCCAGAAGCUGGAAGAGCGCUUGCGUCUGCUGCAGGCAGAGACGGCCAGUGCCAGCGCGCAGGCAGUGGAGCGCAGCGCGGCCCUGAGCUCUGAGGUGCAGGUGCUCCGGGAGGAAGCUGAGAAGCAGCGAGUGGCCGCAGAUGGUCUGCGGCGAGAGCUGACCUCCCAGGCUGAGCGGGCUGAGGGCCUGAGCCAGGAGCUGAAGGUGUGGCGAGAGAGGCUCUCACAGAAGGAGCAGUCCCUGUCCUCCCUGCAGCGCGAGCUCACCGCUGCCCAGGCCCUGGUCGGGGAGCUGCUGCCAGUCAAGCACCUCUGCCAACAGUUAGAGGCCGAGCAGAGUGCCCUGCAGAGCCGUCACCGUGAGGAACUCGAGCAGGGGGAGAAGGCCACAGCAGGGCUGCAGGCAGAGCUUCUACGAGCCCGCCGCGAGCUUGGGGAGCUCACUACGCUGCAACAGAAAGUGGCAGAGCAGGAGCGGGCAGCCCAGCAGCUGCGGGCAGAGAAUGCCGGCUACAUCGAUCAGCUGAGCGCACUCCAGCAGGCCCACGGCCAGCUAGCAAAGGAGAACCGGGACCUGGGGGAGCGGGCCAGCCAUGGACGGCAGCAGCUAGAGGUUGAACUCAGGAGAGCCCAAGAACUGGAGGCGGUGCGGGCCAAGGCAGAAGCCCAGGCGGCCCAGAGCCGAGAGGAGGCUUUGGACACAGCCCGGCAGCUGGAGACCGUGACUGCUAAGUAUGAGAGCGCCAAGAGCAAGGUCUUGGAAGAAAGGCAGAGGUUCCAAGAAGAGCGGCAGAAACUCACUGCCCAGGUGGAGCAACUAGAGGUAUUUCAGAGAGAACAGACUAAGCAGGUGGAGGAACUGAAGAAGAAGCUGGCUCAGCAACAAAAUCUGAAGCCCCAUGGAAGUGAGAUCCAGCAGGAAGCUCAUCUUUACCAGGCCAACUGAGGCGAGCUGCAGGCCCAGCUGAGCCAGAAGGAACAGGCCGCUGAGCACUAUAAAGUGCAGGUGAGGAAGGGCCAAUGGCUCACUAUUGAUGCCAAGAAGCAGCAGAACCAGGAACUGCAGGAACGGCUGCAGAGCUUGGAGAAUCUACAGAAAGAGAACACUGAGCUACGAGCGGAGUCAGAGAAACUAAGCUGGGAGCUACAGCAAGCCAGGCUGAAGACGAAGGAGUCUGAGCAGACCUGCUGCCACCUCACGGCCCGGGUUUCGGACGCUGGAGGCCACAGACACCCGAGUGUUGCCCAUGCAGAUCAGCAACUCCGAGACCUUGGCAAGUUUCAGGUGGCAACAGAUGCAUUGAAGAGCCGAGAACCCCGGGCACAGCCCCAACUGGACCUGAGCACUGACAGCCUAGAAUUGAGCAGUGAAGAAGGGACUCCACUGACCUCUACGAGAUCAGCAGCUCACCGUACCCGAAAGUCAUCCCGAACCCAGCCUGAUGGCACCAGCCUCGCUGGGGAGCCAGCCUCACCCAUCUCUCAGCAUCUGCCUAGCAAGGUGGAGUCCCUGGAGAGCCUGUACUUCACACCAAUCCCUGCCCAGGGACAGGCCCCCUUAGAAAGCAGCCUGGACUCCUUGAGUGAAAUGCUGGAUUCUGGUCCCAAGACCCGCUCAGCCCGCAGGCGCACCACCCAGAUCAUUGAUAUCACAAUGCUGUCCAGGAAGCUGGACACCGAGGAAGCUGACAGCUCGAAUUCAUCCUUCUACAGCACACAGUCAGCCCCUGCUCCACAGCGUGGCCUCCGUGGCAGCCUGCGCUCUGCAUCCUCAGCUCAGUCCCUGGCUGACUGCCCCUCCCGGGAGUCCCGGACCAGGCUGGGUUCCCUGGAAGACGGUAACUCGGCUCUGCUCAACCUACCUGGCUACAGGCCCACCACACGCAGCUCGGCCCGGCACUCCCAGGCCAGGGUGUCUAGCGGGGCCCCUGCAGGCCGAAGCAGCUUCUACACGGGCACCUGUCAGGAUGAGCCAGAGCAGCUGGAGGACUGGAACAGAAUCGCGGAACUGCAGCAGCGCAACCGUGUUUGCCUCCCCCACCUGAAGACCUCUUAUCCCUUGGAGGCCAGGCCUUCCAUGAGCCUGAGCACCAUCACAGAUGAGGAGAUGAAGACCGGAGAUCCCCAGGAGACCCUUCGCCGAGCCAGCAUGCAGCCGGCCCAGAUCAGCGAGCACGGUGCUGUCCAUCGCAUCCCCCCGAGCAUUACCACCCGGCAGCACCGAAAGCGUGUCUCCACUGAGCCCGACCAAGGCCUCGGCACCCCUGAGGCUAAGAAGCCAACCAGCUGUUUCCCUCGUCCCCUUACUCCCCGGGAUAGACAUGAAGGUCGGAAGACGAGUGCCACCGAGGGCCAGAAGAAAGGGGCUCCUGCUGCCAACAAGCAGACCAGCAGACGCCAGUCCUUGGCCUUCAACAUUCUGAACACACCCAAGAGACUGGGGAACAGCCUGCUUCGGGGGGCUGCUAAGAAAGCUGCAGCCAAGGCCUCUCCCCUCACUCGAAGUGGGACCCGACGCUCCCCCCGUAUUGCCACCACCACUGCUGGCACUGGCUCCUCUCCCCGGGCCAGGGGCAAGGCAAAGCACUGAGGGACCAGGAUCCGUGAGCAUCUUCUGCCCAUAUCUUCAGUGCCAGCUCCCUGUUCUCCCUCGGGGCCCACAUGCUGGGCCUCAGCCCACUGUUCUCCAGUGCCUUCUCUCAGUGCUCGGUGUAGGGAGACGUCUCAUCUCCCCAGAGACACUGAUACUUGCCUCUUACUCCCCCUGCCUGGAGUCCCACACAGCACACCUUCCCAGGGAGGCAGGUGGGGAGCUGGAGGCUGCCUCCUGGGAGCUGGGGCCUGGCUGAUUCCUAGCCAGAUCAUCCUAUACCUGUCCCCCCCAUUUACAUUGAAGCACAGUAAUCCCCCUUAGCUCUCCAGCAGAGAGACCGUAGAGGGGGCCAGGCCCCAGGGACCAGACUGUCUAGCUCCUCUUUUCUCCCUUCUUCAGCCUCUCUUAGCUACAAGCUUUGGAAAGUCCCCCUGGGCACCGAAGGAGGCUCCUUCCUGGUCCCCAGUGCCUUCCAUGAGCUCCAUCCCUAGGGAUGCUUCCUGUUCUGGUGGCUGCAACCGCUCCAGGGGCUGGCGUUGGAGAAACCAAGUUUCCAAAAUUAGUUGGGGAAGAGAGAGUCUGAGUCUCUGCCAUCCACCCCCCCAGCUGCCUGGACUCCUCUGCCUUUAUCCCCAUCACAAUCCUUCUCAUCUAAAGACACUUAAGCUUCAUCAGCCCCUGCCACCUCUAAGCCUCUCUCCUGCCUCUGGGUGCUUACCUGCCCUGAGGAGGCAUUUGCCAGCAGACAAACCACCCCAAGGCCCUCACCCCACUCCCAGCUGAUGGAACCUGUUCUAAGGGGAACCUGGGGAAGCAGACGGGAGGGUCGGGUCCCCUUCCCAUCUUCUCUCCUGUGGCUCAUGGGGCAGGCAGAAGUACUGCCUCCUUGCUCCUUCAAGAUUUUGGAGAGACAAGAAACAAGGAGGGGACAGUGGGACCUGGAGCAGAAGGGAGAGGGUAGGACAAGGGUCAUCUGUUUGAAUUUUUUAAAUGUUAUUACUGUAAAUAAAGUCUUAUUUUUCUCCCUGA